AUGUUUGUACAUAUUUUGUUAUAUGUGGAUGUUGCUCAUCUUUACGCAGAAAUUGAUGUGGUAUACCCGCGGAUGACACAUGGAAGAUAUCAACAUCAUGCACCGCCAUCGAGAGUGGUUAAAGUGAAUCGUCUUCGCUUCUUUGGUCAUAUAUUAAGGAGACUGGCAGAUCGCCUUGUACAACGAGUUCUGAGGAGUUUGCCGGGCUCAAGCUGGAAGAAGCCAUCUGGCCGAAAACGGAAGUUCUGGACUGAGGUAGUGAAAGAGGACCUAAGGACACUCGGCGUGGAUAGGCAGUUCAGGCAAGACGUAAGGUUUCGCAGAAUAUGGAAUAGAUUGAUUCUGUGCAAGGUCUCGCAGAAGAUCGAGAAGCUUGGGCAGUGCUAUGUUGAAGGACGGCACACCUCGUAUAUCAUUAUCAUUGCAUCAUCGCAUAAUGCACCCCUGUUCAAUAACGAAAACGUAAAUCAAAUUAUUAAUUAUCUGAAUGAAUAG